AUGGUUACUCCUACAUCUAAACCAAAUUCGAGCUUCUCGAAGGUAUAUUUGACCAAGAAUAAUUACUCGGGGCGGUCUCUUCACCCAAAUGCCAAGCGACCUGGAAAGAGAGCUGAGGAUUCAAAGAAAGAAGAAGACACCCAGGAUGUUGACGGUUUUGAGGCGGGUUGGAAUGAGCGGAUAGUGGACAAUGAGGACAUAACUGCCGAACCCGCCAGCUCUCCCGUCAGUUCUCUUGACGACCAAGAGAAUGAGUUUCCGCCCGGUUUUGAGGAUUUUGACAGUGCAGUGGGGGAAAGGAGGAGGUCACAAAGAGGAAAGAAAGACUUGCGCGGUUCUGAGUCUCCUACUUUUAGCCGCAAGAGGAAUGCCGAUGGAAUGGCCCACAAAGCUCAGACUGAUGCAGAGAAGGAAGAUUAUGUAUUCGGCUGGUCACAAAGUCAGAAGAAGCGCAAACAAGGUUACUCUGGAAAGAAAAGUGAUAACUCUUCGUGGAAGGUGCAAGGCUCUACGACCACUCCCUCUCUGUCAAAGUCAUCACCUUCCUCCAGUGCUUCAGAUUCAAAAGCAAGCCGCAGCUCACAGAGAACCAAAACGGAAUCCAAAAAGAAAGCUGUUGACAAGGCUCCAAGCUUUAUGGUCCCGCCAGAUAUCGACGACCUUCUACCUCCAUCGUCUGGAACUCGCACGAAGCCCGAGUUUGUUGUCCCCACUUCCCUUCCUAACGAUACGAUAUCUAGCUCCUCUGGAUUUGCAUCAUCCGCUCAAAUAUCCCGCUUCUUCGAUUCUGAUGACGACUGUUCAAGUGGCACGUCGCUCAGUUCAGUACCAGAAAACUUGCUGGAAGAAUUCUCACAGAUGGAGGAUGUCUUGCUCUCUGACAUGGACGACUCAGAAAACGCGGAGUUGAAGCCCUCGUUGUGUCCCUGGUGCAAGAAGGCUGUCGAUCCAGAUGCUCUGAGGAAGUUUCGGGCGCAACCGAAACAGCGGAUUCGCGAGCAACAGCAAUUCUGCGAGUCGCAUCAAAAGGAGACGGCGGAGAAAGAAUGGAAAGAGAGAGGUUAUCCAGACAUUGAUUGGAAUACUUUCGAUGAGCGCAUCAGGGGUCAUUUCGACGAUCUGGACAGUAUCUUAGUACCGGAAGGCAAUUCGUACUACAGAAAUGUCCUUGAUACUAUGUUGAAAUCGGGAAAGGCAAAGAACUUUCGCCUGACACUCGCUGGAGACGCCCUCGAGACGAUCUGUUGCGGUUAUUACGGAACUCGAGGGGCCAACAAAAUGCUACAAGCUCUUACCGCGCGAUUCUCCCGCAAACUCCGUCGUUUGGCAGCUGAGGACCACAUCGUCAAGACGGCUGGACCUGUCAUCUAUGCUCAGGCAGUUCUCGUGCCUGAACUGGCCGUCAGGCUAGUCAAAGAAGAUAUGGGUGUGGAUGUUGACUCGGCACGACAAAUCCUACGAGAGAGCAUUGAAAUUGGCGAGAAGCUGAACUUCGCCCCAAACGAUGUGGUCCCGAUGCCGGUUGAAUCGGAGAAUGCUGAUGCUAUCAUCGCCUAA